GUGAAGCUGCAGUUUUAGUCAUUUUCUCAAGUGACUCUGGGACACCAAACACUGCCUUAGAGACCAGCUGAUUACAGAGCACUCCUCUACCUGAAUAAUACAUAGCCAGCUAAUUUUAAUACAAAUGCUAUUCUAUGAUAGAAAUUUAAUUAACACUCAGCAGCAUUUGUACUUAGAAUAUUCUAACUCCAUAGAAAACAGGAGGUCAGUUUGCAUAAGUAAUGCUGUUGAUUCAUUAAAUACAGUCCUUUAUGCUUUUGGUUUAAUGAGAUCGUUUAUCCUUUUUUGUCUCUUGCACAGGAAAUAGAAUAUUUGUGGACUAGGUCUAAAUCAGGAACCUGGAUGAAUGAACUCGAAACUAGCAUGUGAGUCUUAGUUUUCCAAGAUCUAUACCCACCGAACCUCUGCUCCCUCUGGCUUUGUGAAGACGGAGCACAACUCUGAUGAUGGAAAAGCACAAGCGUUAAUUACUUGUUCCAGUAGCAUCUCAAGCCAUUUGAAAACGCAACAGACAGUAGUACAGCCAUGGAAAAGAAUUCAAGCUUAUGGAAGAACCUAAUAGAUGAGCACCCAGUCUGUACAACCUGGAAGCCAGAGGCGGAAGGAGCCAUUUAUCAUCUUGCUAGUAUUUUAUUUGUAGUAGGUUUCAUGGGUGGCAGUGGAUUCUUCGGGCUCCUUUAUGUCUUCAGUUUGCUGGGGCUGGGUUUUCUCUGCUCUGCAGUGUGGGCUUGGGUAGAUAUCUGUGCUGCUGACAUAUUUUCCUGGAAUUUUGUACUGUUCGUCAUCUGCUUCAUGCAAUUUGUUCAUAUUGCAUAUCAAGUUCGCAGCAUAACUUUUGCCCGAGAAUUCCAGGUGCUGUACAGCUCCCUUUUCCAGCCCCUGGGGAUCUCUUUGCCUGUCUUCAGAACAAUUGCUUUGAGCUCUGAAGUUGUUACUCUGGAAAAGGAGCACUGUUACGCCAUGCAGGGGAAAACCUCCAUCGAUAAACUCUCCCUGCUUGUCUCAGGAAGGAUCAGAGUGACAGUCGAUGGCGAAUUUCUGCACUACAUUUUCCCCUUUCAGUUUCUGGAUUCGCCUGAGUGGGAUUCACUGAGACCCACGGAAGAAGGCAUUUUUCAGGUAACCCUCACAGCAGAAACUGACUGCCGAUACGUGUCUUGGAGGAGAAAGAAGUUAUACUUGCUCUUUGCUCAGCACCGUUAUAUCUCCCGCCUGUUCUCAGUUUUAAUUGGCAGUGACAUAGCAGAUAAACUCUAUGCCUUGAACGACAGGGUAUAUAUUGGGAAAAGAUACCACUAUGACAUUCGGCUGCCCAAUUACUAUCAUAUGUCAAGUCCAGAAGUGCCCAGGUCACCCCUGACUGAACCGUUUCGGAAUUCCAGGCAAUAUUGUAAUAAAUGACAUCAAAAUCUGAAGGUUUAUUACUAUGGUAAAAGACUCUUAAUCAUUCCCCAAAAGACAUAGCAAAAUACAGAAGCUUGAGCUCACUGAUAUUUUUAUAAAUCAAAUUCAGAGGCAAAAUGCCAAUGCCAGAUGUUUUAUUCAUCUCAACUUCUGCUUUGCAAAUAAAUUUUACACAUUUUUCCUAUAUUUCUUAGUGUUAUAAUUGGGGCAGAGGGACGAGUAACUGGGCAGUUUGCUCUUCGCUGUGUCAGAACUGGGAAAAUGAAGUUGCCCAUUCUCAGAUAUCUGGUGGACUUGGCAUUGCUCCUCAGGAAGCAGCCUGAAAGUGUUCUCAGCUUGAGAGUGGCUUCCUAGGGUCUACAUAAGCAUUUCCAGAACUCAAUUUUUUGCUACAGUCUUUGAGGAAGGCAAAAUGUAUUACUGUGGUAGGCUGCAAUUAUUUAUUUUUACAUGUAAAGUUACUUGAUGUGACUAAAAUGUAGAAUAAAUGCAAGAGACAAUAAGCUAA